AUGAAUUAUAAUAAAGCUCUUGAUAAUGGGUCAGGAGGGCCUGAUGAAAUAUCAGAUCAAUAAAUAAAGAGUUUAAUAUAGAAAUUUUAAAGGAAAGGAUUUGAUGGAUUAGCUUUGGAGGAAGUAGCUACAGCACUGAUAAUUCCAAAUUUUGGAAAAGUAUUUCAAUAACAUACAGGACUUGAUUGGUAAGGUAAAUUUGAAGUGAAAGCAUUGGAGAGAUUGAAUAGAUCAAAAUUUGACAUAAAUUGGAUGGCAAGGAAAGACAAUUCAGAACAUUCAGCUUUAUUUAUAAAUUGUUCACGCGGCGAUCUUGUAAAAGUGAGAUAGUAUUUAAAAGAAUCAAAGGAUCCAUAAUUAAAAGAAUGUGUAGAUUAAACUAAAAAAAGCCCUUUACAUGUAGCAACAAUAGAGGGACACUUAAGCAUAGUUGAAAUAUUAUUGAUGAGCGGUUUUAAUCCAAAUUGUAGAGAUAGAACUUUAAAGACUCCAUUACAUUAUGGAUGUUUGCAUGGACAUGAAACAAUAGUAGAUACAUUACUUAAAGCAGGAUCAGAUAUAACAGCAAGAGAUUCAUUGGGUCGAUCAUGUAUACAUUUUGCAGCAUCAUGUCCAAGUGCUUAGACAUUGUAAUUGGUAUUAGCAACAAAACCUGAAUUAUCAAAUGACUUUGAUUAAAAGAAGAGAACACCUUUACACUAUUGUGUGUGGAAUUCUUCAUAACAUUAAGUUAGUUUAUUAAGAACUCUUUUAGAUUUCAAAGCUAAUCCAAUGGCUUUAGAUGAAGAUUUGAAAACACCAAUUCAUCAUGCUUCAGAAGGUGGAAAAACAAGAGCAAUACCUGUAUUAUUAUAGAGAGGAGGAUAAGAGAGUAUGUAAUGUAGAGAUAGAAGUUAAAAAACUCCAUUAGAAUUGGCUGCAAAUGAUAGAACUCGUGAAGUUUUGAUUGUUUAUAGUUCUUCACCAAUGAAUAACUAGGAUCAAGAUUUGAAAUUUUUAGAUUAAGCUGUUUAAGGAUAGAAAUUAACAAAUUAAAAGAAAGAGUAAGUACCAUAAUCAUCUGUUGUAAUUGCUAAUAGAUAAUAAGUAUAGUAAUCACCUUAAUUUCCAAUUGUAGAAAAAGAAGUAGUAUCAGUUGAGCCUCCUCCUUUAUAAGUGAAGUGGGCUCCUGCAUCUAUAAAUUAAUGGAUAAGGGAGAAGUUUUUUACAAUAAUGAAAAAAGUAUAAGAAUCAGGAAUUCGAGCUAAUCAUCAUUUAAAGCGUCCUUAUGUUUAUACAGGAUCAUGGAUGGAAGGUAUAAAUACUAUGGAAGAAUUAUAUGGUGCUGUUAAAGAUGUUCCUGCAGGAGAAGCAUGUGUUAGAACUUUUAAUAUUUUAUGUCCAUUUGAUAGAUAACUUCCAUCUGGUAGUGGAAAUGAAGAUGUUAUUGAUGGAUUUUAUGGAGAAAUGUGGUUUGAUGGUAGUGGAGCUGUUAAAAGAACUGAAUAAAUUGAAGAAAUGAGAAGAAAAAUGUAAUAAGAAUAUCUUGCUAGAAUCACUGAUCUCGAAACUGAAAUUUAAAUCAAAUCUAAACAUUUGUUUGAAACUGAUUAAGAAUUAGCCUAAACUAGAGCUUAAUUAGAAGUCACUUAGAGAUAAAAUAAAACAAAUAAUGAUAAAUUAUAAGCUUAAAUUGAUACAUUGAAUAAAUAAAUAAAAGGCAAAGAAGAAACAAUAAGUAAAUUAGAUAAAGAUAAAUAACAACUCAAUUAAACAAUCAAAAGAUUAGAAUAGGAAAAUGAAGAAUUAAGAAAUCAGCCAUAAGGUAUAUCUGAAGAAGAGGUUUAAGAAUAUAUGACUUAGAUUUCAGAAUUAAAGGAAUAAUUAUAAUCUAGUAAAGAUUAAGAAAAAACACUAAGAGCCAAAGCAGGUUAAUUGUUUUUGAAGAGUAUUUAAACAAUAAAAGCAUCAAAUGAAGAAAAACUAUCUUAAGUGAAAGCACAAACUUUAGCUUAAAUUUAGUUAGAAAAAGAAAAGAUGUAAUAGGAGAGAUUGAAUGCAAAUAAACAAUUUGAAUUUGAAAAGAAUCAAUUAUUAGAGGAGAAGAAUAUGUUAAUGAAAGAGAAACAAAAGGUUUAAGCUGAAGUAUUACCAACAAAUGCGGCAGGAGGAAUGGAUAAUUUAUAAGAUGAUGAUGCUAUUAUUGUAUUACUUAAAGCUUUGAAAGGUAAUCCACCUCCUAUGAAAUAAAGAAUGAAAACAUUUGAUGGAGAUUUAGAUGGAUCAUUAACAUAAGAUGAAUUUAGAUAAUUCCUAGCAUCAUUAAAACUCAGUUAAUAAGAUAUUCAUUCUUUAUGUAGAAUAGGGGGUUUUUUGGGAUAGAAAAAAUAAAUUGGAAUUGAAGAAUGGGCUUAAAUAUUGUAAGAUAGGCCAAAACAGAGAGAAUAAUUUGAAUAAGCUUUGUUUUGUAAAUUAUUGGAUGCAAUCAAAGCUAGAAAUCUCACUGUUGAGAAAAUGUUUGAAUUAAUUGAUACUGAUGGAUCAGGAUCUUUGAGUCCUGCUGAACUUAAAUAAGGACUAAAAUCUUUGAAAAUCAUUUUGAAUUAAAAAGAUUUAAAUAAUAUGUUUGCUAUUUUUGACUCUGAUAAAAGUGGUUCAGUAUCUUUGGAAGAAAUGAGAGAAACCCUUAAUAACUAUUAAAAAAUGAGGGAAGAAUAAGGGGAGGGUGAAAUUAUAGUUGAUGAAUAAGAUAGAAUCUAAGUUUAAGAUGAAGACAAUCCGUAUGAGGAAAUAGAUGCUACAGAAACAGAAUUAUAAUAAGAGAUUAAAGAGUGGAACAUUGAUAUCAAAGAUUUUACAAAAAUAACAGGAUUUUUGAAGGUUUAAUUAGUGAGUGGAUCAUAAAUAAAUUCAAAAUCUUUAUGCUGUCAUAUUAUUUUGAAAGGAGGAAACAGUAUGGAAAAAUCAUUUAUUCUUUUUAAUUAAAGUGAAUUCAAAUAAGCUUUUAUUUUUCCAAUUGGAUAAGCUUUAAAGGAGAAUCUUUGUGAAUACGUUUGGAUUCGAUUAUAUAGAAAUGUAGUUGAGGAAUAGAAUUUUGUAGGAGAUGUGAAAGUAAUGUGGAAAUAAACUAUUGAUAAACCAAAUUAGUGGGUAAUAAAUAAUAAAUUCUAAUUAAAAAAUAGUACUUAUAUUAAAGAGUAGAGUAAAAUGUAUUAGCCAUAAGGUUUUAUAAAUAUUGCAAUAAAGUUUAUGCCUGGAGGUGAAGGAGUAGAAAUUAAAAGACCAGUAAUAGGAAAUAAGAUAACAGCAACUAUAGUUGAAGAGGGUGUUUUAGAAGUGAUACCAAUUUAAUGUAUUUUGAAAUAAGAUUUGAAAUAAUUGAAGGAUCCAAAAUUCUUUAUGCAUUUAAAAUUCAUGUCAAUUGAUAAGAAGAUACAGGCUCAAUUAACAGCUUCAAAUGAUUUAUAUUGGGAAGGUAAGUAUUUGUAGGAUUUGAAAUGUAUAGCAAAUUCAGCAAUAGAUUCAGUUUAUGUGAAGGUUUAUGUAGAGACUCCUAAGAAUCUGUUAUAGACAAAUACCUAAGUUCUUGGUGAAUUCUAUAUAGAUUGGAAUGAGUGUUUAUUGAAUCCAGGAGAAUAUUUAUCAGAGAAGAGUUACUCAUUGUAGGAAAAUACAAAAGUUUAUUUAAAGAUUAGAUAUGUUCCACAAUCGAUGUUUUAAUAGAUAAUUGGAUUUAGAGAUGGAGUGUCUAAAGAAGAGAAAAAGAAAUAAUUAACUUUAGAUGACAUGAUUGAAGGAACUCUGAAGAUUCUCUUUGUAAGAGGUAAGAAUUUAAGAGCAGAUGAUGGUGAUACAUCUGAUCCUUAUUGUAUAGCUAGAAUAAAAUCAUUUGACAAAGAGAUUAAAAUAUAAUCGAAAACUAUAAAGUGUAGUUUAAAUCCUGAAUGGAGAGAUUUAUAAUCUAUUAAAGUAUUGAUGCCUAAGGAAGCACCUUAUCCACCAUUAGAAUUAUAGUUAUUUGAUGAAGAUGUUCUUGGAGAUGAUGAAUUAGGAAUGUGUAAAGUGGAUUUAGCUCCAUGUAUUGAAUAACCAUGUAAAUGGUCAAUAAAUGAUUAUUUUGAUAUUAUUGAUCCUAAAGCUAAGUAACCAGGUUAAAUAUAUAUUUAAUGUUAUUGGGUUCCUAAAGGAAUGAAAGAUCCUAAUUUAAAAGCAAAAGAUAAAUUUGAUUCAAGUGGUUGUGCUGAUCCAGAUCCAAAUUUUAUAGAUGGAGAAUUAAUAAUAAAAGUGGUUCAUGCUAGAGAAUUAAAAGCUGAUUCACCUGAUCCAUAUGUAAUAAUCAAUUUUCCAGGAGGUAAGGAAUUAAAAACUGAAACUAUUUCUUCAUCUAUCAAUCCAAUAUUCAAUUAAAUUUUGAAAAAUCAAUUUAAAGUAAAAAAGGAAAAUGGCAAUAUUCCAUUAAAAGUUUUAGUAAAAGAUUCCAAUACAUUAAGUGAUGAUUUGAUAGGUUAUGUAGAUAUGCAUUGGGAAGAAUGUGUAUCACAUCCUGGAGAAUGGGCAAUCAAUUAAGUGUACAAUUUAAGUGCAGCUGCUAAUAGUAAGAAUUUUGGAUCAAUUGGAUUUUUGUACAUGCAGGCUAAAUUUAUUGAAAGAGGAAUGAUAGAUGAUUAGGCAGAAGCUCCAUUGACUGAGAAUCUAUUUGAAAUCAUAAAUUCAAAACAAGGAAUUUAUUAAGGAUCUUUAAGAAUAUUUUUAGUUCAUGCUAGAGGAUUAGUUGUUGCUGAUAGUAAAGCUAGUGAUCCAUAUGUAAUAUUUAAAGUACCAGGAGGAAAGAAAGUUGAAACAUUAUCUAAACCAGAUACUAUAAAUCCAUCUUGGAAAACAAUAUUUAAUAUAAAUGUUUCUAUGCCUAAGGAUACUAUACAACCACUUCGAGUAGAAAUAUUUGAUGAUGAUUUAGUUAAUGAUGAAUUGAUGGGAUAUUGCACUAUUGAUUUAUUGGAUAGUUUUAACAAUCCUUAAGUGUGGAAAUUUAAUGAAGUAAUAGAUUUAUAAGGAGAUUUAAAAAUGUAAAAGAAAUACAAAACCAAAGAAUUUGGAAAGAUAUAUUUAUAAAUUAUGUAUUGUCUAUAGGGAAUUCAAAAUAAUGAUCCUCCUUUACCAUUAACAGAAGAUUUAGAUGUCAUUUUAAGAGAAUAACAAUAGGAAAAUAAACGACCAAUGAAGGGAAAACUAUUUAUAAAUAUUCCUGUUGCUUUAGGAUUAAGACCAGAUGAUGGUGUAACAGCUGAUCCAUAUUGUAAAUUGACAUUUCCAGAUAAUCACAAUGUUAAGAGUAAAUAAAUAGAUAAGACAAUAAAUCCUAUAUUUAAUUUUUAAUAUUAAUGGAAUUGCAAUCUAAUAAAAGAAUAAUAUAAGCCUAUACUUCUUCAGAUAUAUGAUUCUGAUACAGUAAGUGAUGAUUUAUUAGGAGAAGUAGAAAUUGAAUGGAUGGAAUGCUUCAAUAAUCCAACUUAGUGGAUGAUCAACAAAUAAUAUCCAUUGGUAGAAGGGAAAGUAUACAUUUAAAGUAAAUUCCUACUACCAGGAUAAGAAACAACGCCUGAAGGAAUUAGAGCAUGUGAUACAGUUUAGGAAUUGAAACAUGAUUAUGGAAGAGUAUUAGGUAAGAUAGAUGUUAAAAUUAUAUCUGCAUCAUAACUUUAUAAUUCUGAUAUCACAGGUAAAAGUGAUCCAUUUGUAGAAUGUGGAUUGAGUAGUGAAACUAAAAAGAUGUAAACUCCAAUCAAAGAAAAUACAUUGGAUCCUAUUUGGGAUUUCUAAGGUAGUCUUGUUGUUGAACUCUUGAGAUGUUAAGUUUAAAUGAACACUAUCAAUUUCAAUGUCUAUGACGAUGAUGAAAUUGGUAAAGAUUUUUUAGGUUAAUGUGAAGUUGAUUUAAUUGAUAUCCUUGAAAAGAAUCCAGGUUCAGUUAUGUUAUAGGAUUUACCAUUAAAAGAUCCAAGCAAAAAAGGAAACCCUAAUUUAGGAUCUCUAAAAGUAUAAUUUGUUUGGAUACCAGAUCCCCAUAAUGAAGGUGUUGUUGGAUUAAGAAUACCUCCCAAAAUGUAUGAAGGAGAUUUAUGUUUACGAUUCCCUAAUGCUAGAUAAUUACCUAAAGGUGAUCCUUAUGUCACCUUCUUUUUAACUGAAGAUAUGGAAAAGAAUUACAAAUGUAAACAUAUUGAUGGCAAUUAAAAUCCUAAUUGGAAUUAUGAGGAAAUUAUUAAGAUUUCUAUUAGUGAAAGAUAAAUUCUAACAGAGAGAAUUAAAGUUACUGUUAAGAACUAUAAUUCAGCAUGGAGUGAUACAUUAUUUGGUGGUAUUACUGUUUUAUUGACUGAUAUAUUUAGAAAGCCUGGUAUGUGGAUAAAUCAAUACUAUUAACUUUAAGAUUCAGAUGGAAAAUUGAUUGAAUCUUAUCUGUAUUUCUAAGCUCAAUUCAGAUCAGAAGAAGUCUAAGAUAAAAAUCCUCCUCCUCUCAUUGAUUUCACUCAAUUUAUUAAUUAAGGUAAACCUCCUACUUUUAAUGGCAAGUUAAAAUUUACUUAUAUUGGAUUAAAAAACUUAGAGAACAAAGAUAUAACUGGAUUAAGUGAUCCUUUUGUAGAAAUAAAAAUGUCAAAAGGAGCUACUACAGCAUUUAAAACUACAACAUAGGAUGAUAAAUUAGAUUGCUUUUGGAGUGAUUGUGGAGAAUAUCUCUUUAAGGAAGUCACUUAAGAAGAUUUAUCAUUAUUAAGACUAUAUAUCAAUGUAUUUGAUUAUGAUUACAAUUCUAAUGAUGUACUUGGAAAAUGUGAACUUGAUCUAAGUAAAGUAAAAUCUGGUUAAUGGGUGAAUUAUCGUAUUCCUCUUUUAAAUGAGAAAGAUUUUCCUUAGAAAAGUGAAAUCUAUCUACAAGCUCUAUUCACUAUUGAUGGAGAUAAUUCAGCUAUUUAAAAAUAACCUAACAAUUUAUAUGAAGAUAUUGCCAGAUAAUAGUAGGAAGAAUAAGAGAGAAUAAGAAAAGAAAAAGAAGCACAGGCAGCCAUUCCAAAAUUACCUGGAGUAUUAAGAGUCUUUGUACCUUAUGCUAAGUAAUUACUCAAAGCAGACACUAUUGGAGAAAGUGAUCCUUAUGUGGAAUUCAAACUAUCUAAAGGAAGUAAACAAAUCAUUAAAAGUAAUACUAUUGAUAAUGAUCCCAAUCCUAAAUGGAAUUUUAGUGGAGAAUUUACUUUAGAUAUGUAAUCACAUGAAUAUAAUGACAUUGCCAUCAUGUGUACUGUUUAUGAUUAUGAUACUAUUGUUUCAAGUGAUUUUCUUGGUUUCAUUGAAUUAUCUUUAAAUGAUAUUUUCUCAAAACCAGGAACAUGGAUUAAUGGAUUAUUUCAACUCAAGGAUGAACAUGGUAAUACUGGUAAGAAUGGACUAAUUUAUUUACAAUUCUAAUGGGUUCCAAAUUCUAUUAAGAAUAAUGUAUCUUUGGCUUAACCUAAUUAGAUUUAAUAAUCAGUUGCUGCUUAACCUUUACCAGAACCAUAAAUUCAAAAACCUUAAUAAGGACUACUAUUUGUUUAGCUUAUUAAAAUAGUCGGUUAUGAUAAAAAGUCUUAAAUAAAAGUUUCUUAAGGUUAAAAAGCAUUUAGUAGUAACUUUGUUUAAGCAGAUGUUAACUAUAAUUUAGUAUGUUAAUUUGAGAAUCCAGAAUCAUAAAUCACUAUCAAUUUGCUUGAUGAAAAGUAACAAUAAAUUGCUAACACUGUUGUUGAUCUGUAAAAUAUUAUCAAAUAACCUGGUACUUGGAUUAAUUCUUUUUAUCCCUUUCAACAUAGUAAUCUCUAACCAAAUUUAUAAUAAAUAUAUCUCCAAGCUCAAUUUAGAUUAAAUGAUUAAUAAUAAAAUGUCUAAGAUCCACCCCUACUUCCAGAUCCAGAAAUCAAAAUUCCUGUUAGUUUGUCUUAAGUGGUCCAACCAUAAAAAGGUAAAUUAAAAGUAGCUGUGAUUAAAGCUGAAAAAAUUAAAUUGAUGGAUAACAAUAAAGCUUCAAAUGUUAAGGUCACUGUAAUUUUUAAUGGAGAUGAUAAAUCUACACCUGUUGUUAAAGGAGCUUCUCCUGAAUGGAAAAAGAUUUUAGAUCCUUUUAAGCUUGAUGUUCUUAAACCUCUACAAGUCAAUUUAUUCCAUGAUCCAGGAAUGUUUAGUCGUUGUGUUCCUAUUGGUGAAGUAACUAUUUCAGACUUGUCAGCUAUUUUUACGGCUCCAAAUACUUGGGCAAUUAAAAAUGAUUUUGUUUUAGGAGGAAAUGGAAAUGGAAUUAUAACUCUUUAUAUUGGAUUUGUUGGUGAAAAAGAUAAAGAUGCUUUGAUAAAGAUACAAUGA